AUGUCCCGCGCGCGCGGCGUCUGCGCCUUGGUCCUCAUCGACGACGGCGCCGCGACGACGCGCGACGCGGACGUGCCCGAGGAAAUCAUCCUCCAGCGCCUGCGCGCGUCGAGCGAGGACGACGACGGCGCGAGCGACGACGACGGCGACGACGACGACGGGGUGCCGGGAAUCCUCUCCCCCCCGUCCGCGCGCGACGUCGUCGUCAUCGGACGCCAAAAGGGCGUCGUCGACCACGCGAUGGACUGCGCGAGCAUUCCUCUGCUGCUCAGUCGCAAACACGCCGCGAUGACGUGCGACGGCGCGGCGCAUUACGUGCGAGAUUUAGCGACGACGAACGGGACGUUCGUGAACGGGUCGAGGAUCGACGCCAAGGUGGACGUCGCGCUGAAAGACGGGGACGUCGUCGCGUUCGGAGGGCCGCGGUACGUGGCGCGGGAUAGCGGUCGGUUGGCGAACCCGUUUCGGUAUCGGUACGUGCGGUUGGAGCGCCCGGGGGUCGACGCGAGGAGCAAACGGCUGCGAGCGAGCCAAGAGAACGACGCGGCGAGAGAGGCGUUCGGGUCGCAGGGGGCGCAGUUGAGCCAGGUGUAUCAGGCGGUGCAGGCGAGUCAGACGAGCGAGAGUUAUGAGGAGUUGGAUGAUAUGCUGAAAGCGCGGUUGAGGUCGAUGUUCGAUGGAGAGGUGGACUUCGCGCAGGCGUGCGCCAAACGGUACUUUGGAGUGGCGACGCCGACGGCGUCGCCGAGUAAGUCUACGGGUAAGCGUAAGAGCGUGGGUCAAGCGACUCGAAGUGCGCCGAGUUCACAAGAUCCUGAUGCGGACGAUGGGCUGCGAGAUAAGCUCUCCGAGCUCGUUCUCGAACGCUUGCGAGACAGACCGGCGUGGGUGGAAUCUGAACUCAAGUGCGCGAUAUGCCGCGAAUGGAUGACACUUCCCCACGCCUUGAUCACUUGUGGACACCUCUUCUGCCUCGAAUGCAUCGACAAUUCGUUUUGUCACGCCUACACGUGCCCGUGCUGCCGUUCGCGUCCGAACGCGCCGCGUGAGCUCCUCUUCACGCCGUCGGCGCUCGCCGACAGACUCCUCGACAAAUACGUCAUACCAACCCUCACCACCAAGGAACUCCUCGACCGUAAGGCGAAGGAACAGAACGCCGUUCAAGCUCGCAAGAAACGAGUGAAACGCGCCGCUGAGGUCUCCAUGCGCGUCGGCACUCUCUCCACGGUCUCCGUGCAAGAGACGCAGUCGGCGACGCCGCGAAGCGACGCGUGA